UUGCCGAGAAGUGAAAAAUGCUCAUUUCAGAGACUUGGUGACCCCAAGGAUAUUGUAGGAUUGAUAUUCGUCGACAUAGUGAACGAUAUCGCACCAGAGCUCAAGAAAGGAAUUUGGUGUGGAUCGAAUACCGACAGGCAGUCGAAUACUGUAAAAUGCCCAAUUUUGUGGCGGCAUAGUGGCUUCCGAUUUCACCGAACUACAAAUAUGCUCGGCUUCACAGAGAAUGUUUCUGGUGCAUGGCAACUCGUGCGAAAGACCGGGCGAAUUCACGUCAAACAAAGCUUUCUCGAGCAGAAUCAGAAUCAGUUUGAGAAGAAUUACUUUGACGUUGUGAUGACUCCGUUCAUUGAAAAUUUUAUACCAUAUCUCACCGGAGAAAAGGUCAUGCCCGUCCAGGGAGACAAUGAAAAGAAGAAAGUACGUUUCGCCCAAACGUACACUCCCGCACAGGUGACGGAUGUGUGGAAAAGGUUCUUCGGCGUGAUUGCUGCUCAAAUGACUGACUCCUUUCGAGUGGAGCGACAACAAAACACGAACGUCAAAGAGAAGCAGAGCGAAAUAGAGAACACCGCAAGCUCACAGGAACCUAAGAAAGAGGAGCAGAUGUUUGAGGAUCCAUUUUGA